UCGCCUGGAACUGUCCCCAGAAGGGUGAUGUGCACAUGGUCUCGGCCACCAGCGAGAAACCCGCCGGACGACCCUAUGGGUUACUAACCACAGGCUGGGCAGAAGAGACGGGGGACUCACCCUCGACUCCGGUCACCGCUAACGGGCGAGACGCCAUCGCCCUGAUAGAUUCCGGAAGCGUGGUGACGCUGGUGCGACCGGAGUUCGCCCAGACCCCUCUCCUGGAAGACACACUGAGUGUCACGUGUAUACAUGGCGAGCACCGUCAGUACCCCACUACAAACAUCACGUUAAAAACAAUAAAGGGAACAUACUCGGGCACCGCCGGGGUCGUACCAGGCCUACCAGUAGCCGUGCUCAUCGGGCGGGACUUCCCCCUCUUCAGACAGCUGUGGCUGCGCCUGGCCAGGGGAGGGCCGCGGAAGGCCCGAGGGGGCCCCUCGGCCCCGCCUCCCAGGCAGCGCCACUCGGCACCCCGCCUCUGUGCGGUGCAGGACGUCGACCCCCAAGGCUCCACCGACCCCAUCUCAGAAGGAGAGUCCAGCACCGGGGAGGUAGUGGCGGAAGAGGAAGAGGGACCGGGGGAGACGAGGGAAGGGGAAAGGAACCCCCUCGAGGAAGAGGCAGACGCUUCCCCCAGCAGAGAGGAAGCCGACCAAUGGGACAUGUUCCCCUUCAACAACGACACCGACGUGGGCCCAAGGGCUGAGCCUCUAGCCGGGAGAUUCGGCUCUGCCCAGCUCGAGGAUGUCAACCUCACCAGCGCUCUGCAGCAAGUCUCUGUGAUCGACGGGCGACUCGUCGAAGGGGUCCGGGGCCGCGCAUGGGAACGCGGAUGCCAUGUCCCGGAGAGACGCCUUGGGGGGAUGGGCCGCCCCGCCCUCCCGGUUGGAGCUGAGGAGGGGGGUGUGUGGCAGCCAGCCACGGACGAGACCACGAGGGGAAGUAAGGGAUGGGAAAUACCGACUGUUCCCUGUACUUCCCCACUGCGGCCCAGAGAGGGAGCCAACGGAACACCGACAGCCAGACGACAAAAGUGAAAACACCUGGGGGUGAUUGGAGGCACGGGCCGGCAACCAAUCACCACCCGGUACGUGGCAGAUAAAAGACAGGACAGAAGCCCACAAGAGGAAAGUGGGGGAGACGACGAUACGCCCGAUUGAACUAAAACCUCUGGUAUUGGGAAAUAAAAGACUUUGCAUUUGAUGGUAAAUUGGGUGUGGACAGUUUAAUUAUUAUUUCUCAGUCACGGGGC